UCGUGCAAGCAGCAUGCUACCCGUCACUGAAAACCAACCGGCUAGCGACGAUUACUCGGAAUGCUAAUAAUAUCCCCCAAAAGCAAAGUGUAUCAACUAUUUUCAAUCAUACGAAAGUGAUAGUUGGUGACGAUGUGUGAAAUCUGGUGACAGUGUUAAUUAACAAUUCAAGUUUUUUAUUUCCUAUAUUUAGAGAUUGUAAAUAUGUUAAAAAUGAAGAUUCUAGUGUUGGCAACAGUUUUCCUGCUGGUGGAGGGAGAUCUUUUGGAUCUCUAUGUUCAACACAUGGACGAAACCAUGGGCACGAACUUGGUUAAAAGACACCCGAAGGAUGUGGGAUCAAAGCUCCGAAGCAAGAGGCACCUCAAGGGUGCCAUGAGAUACGGACACUUUCGAAAGCAGCGAUUGGAUGUGGAGGAUGACUGGUGGAUAGAUAAGAAAGCCCUUAAGAAAGUCCUCCCGAAGCUUCCGAUCCCCAAGCCAGAUGGUCUAGCUUUUCCAAAUCUCAACGAGAGGAACAACAACACUGAGGAUCACGAGGUGCUGAAGAAGAAGCAGGAGUUCCAGACGUCUGAAGGAUUCGCCACGAAUGCUGUCAGCAAGGAUCUUAUAGGGUACGAUGACGUCGAGCAGGUGAAGUCAGACGACAUCAGUGAGGAUGUGGAGAUCAUUUCUGAUGUUGAUGACGUCUCGCCGGAGAUUCUCAAGAGAGAUCCCAACAGAACUCCCAAGAAAUAUCAUCCUACUGAGAAGAUCAACAGCAGUCAGAAGUCUGCGAAGCUGAAGCGAAGCGUCAGUAAUUUCAAUUUUACCAGGCGCGAAGUGCUUGAUGAUGUUGGCGACGUUAUCCUCGAGUGGGAUCCUUCCGACGAGGACAUUGUCACCUUCAGAGUCACAGCCAAGACAUUAGGAUACGUAGGAAUUGGGUUCAACGAGAAGAGUCACAUGAUGGGAGCAGAUUUACUUCUCGCCUGGGUUGAUGAUCACGAUAAUUCGGUUAAUCUUCUGGAUUCACAUGGACUCAAAGACACCAAUGCAGCACCAAUCGUAGACCAAUCGCAGGAUGUUGAUAUUCUUGGAGGUUCUCAAAAUGAAACCCACACAACGAUAAUAUUCUCGCGAAGUUGGCAGACCUGCGAUCCCGAAGAUCGUCACUUAAACGAAGACAACGUGCGGGUACUUUGGGCCUUACAAGAUUCAGAUCCAGAACUGAACACACCAGUCUGGCACGGUGAAAGGAAGGGUGCAAGGGCCCUGAGAAUUCGUGGCGCUGCGCCAAAACCAUCACCGCCGCAUAAUCCCGAUAUCAGGCACUGGGACGUCAAAUUGAAUCAGUUCGCUGUCGAUGAUAAGCAGGAUACAAUUUACUGGUGCAAAAUAUUCAAAGCGCCACCGUUCAAUAAGAAGCAUCACAUGAUAGGGUACGAACCAUUGGUGGAGAAAGGCAACGAAGGAUUAGUCCAUCAUAUGAUACUUUACGAGUGCGCUUCGACGUCUCCAGAGCUCGGUAAAUAUUCGAGAAUCAGCGGAAGUUACUGCUAUGAUCCAACCAUGCCGAGAGAGUGGGAAACAUGCAUCCAACCGAUUGUUGCAUGGGCCCGGGGAAGCAAAGGUGAAUGGUUUGCAGAACAUGUCGGUAUUCCUGUAGCUGAGCACAAAGAGGGUUCCUAUUACAUGUUGGAAGUGCACUAUAACAAUCCGACUUUACAAAAGGCAAUCGAUAGCAGUGGAAUUAGGCUCCACCUGACCCCGGUCUUGAGACCAAAUGAGGCUGGUAUUUUUGUCGCUGGUGUGGCUGUUAGUCCGCUUCAUCUAAUUCCACCUAGGCAGAAGGAAUACGCCACUGCAGGCUACUGUAGUCCAGACUGUACCAAUAAGCUUUUCCCCGAGGAUGGUGUCAACGUGAUAUCGGUGGUCCUCCACUCUCACCUCGCCGGUCGUCGGCUGAGUUUAAAGCACAUUCGUAACGGCGAAGAGCUUCCACACAUUGCCCACGAGAAUCACUUUGAUUUCGAUUAUCAGCAGUCGCACAGCCUCGAUGAGGAAGUGAAGAUCCUUCCAGGCGAUCAACUGGUCACUGAGUGCGUCUACGAUACUCAUGAUCGACCGAAUCCAACGUUGGGUGGAUACGCUGCAUCCCAAGAAAUGUGUCUAUCUUUCGUUGUUUAUUAUCCAAGGACAGAACUCGCUGGAUGUUAUUCAAUGACUCCGGCUACCGAUCUAUUCAAGACCCUUGGGGUCACCAACUUCAAAGGAGUCACUCUGGAUAAUUUGGAGAAGUUAUUCCUGACUACAGGGGUUGAGGCAGUAACUCUUCCGACGAUCGUUCAACAGCAACUUCCGGUUUAUCCGGCGACAAGACCCAGUGAAGAAGUCGACGAGGAGAUUAUAAAAGAAACAGAGACAGCGAUAAAAGCUAUAAAAGAAUUCACAGAACAGGUUACGGAUGACAAUGUCUUUGCGAGACUUGUUAUUGAGGAUCCGAAGGAAUUUAGAGGGCGAACGUUGGCGGAACAUAUGUCGGCGUUGGCGUGGACUGACGAGUUGCUCACGAGGCCCAUUGAAAAUCGACUCUAUCACGGCAGACACAUGACUUUCUGCAGAAAGCGCGAUGACAAAUUGGCUAUUCCAUCGGAUAUCCAGAUGUUUCCAAACUUCACAAGAUUACCAGAGAAGAAUCAAACUGUCUGUCGCGAAAGAAGAACGAUGUCAUCAGGAGCGAUCUCACUCUACACUCUCACAACUUUUUACAUUUUUGCUUUGAGUAUUUUCCUCUGCUGAAAGGAAGACUCUCAUACGCUUCGGAGCUCCUCCAAAGCUCUCUUGUACAUUCGGAAAAUAUCACAAAAAAUGUUGUAUUAAUUGGCUCAAAUUAUUUAUUUUUCUUGUAUUUUACGAAGUACUGUUUUCGAAUAUUUUUUAUCCCAUUUUUCGUAUGUUAUCUUCAAACGAUCGUUGGAAACUGAUCGUCACACGUAGUGAGAAUACCUAUUCCUUGUCUAGUUAUGAUUAUUUUGAUAUUACGUUAUUCAAUUUUUUUAUUUCAACGGGAUGAGAACUCUUGCGAGGUGCCAAAAUUUUCUAAACAUUUCGCAACCAGGCGAAAUAUAACGAGAUAAUAUAAUGAAGAAAAAAUUAAUUGACAACAAUGUGUACAUAAUAUUUAUAAGAUGUAUUUUAUAAUUUUUAAUGAGUUGAAAAAUGAGAGCUUUUUGUAACGCAUGUUUUUUUUCUAUUUGUGUAUAAAGAAAUCAUUCACCA